ACAGACUUUGCUUUGCCCUUCUCUCUCUCUCUCUCCUCACUGAUACCGCUGUGCUGCAAAUUGCAGUGCAAUGCAAAGCAAUGACUGUUCUCUCUCUCUCUCUCUCACUGUCACACACACACAUUGACCCGCGCGCUUCUUCCUUUUACGAGAAAACUCCAAAACCCAACACCAUUUUUAACUCUCUCAUUUCAAAUCUAUUAACUUUAUUAAAGUGUAUUAAACUAAUCAGUGUUAAUCUCAAGCUUACCUUCAAUGGAGAAUACCAUAACUAAAAGUGAUUGGUUAUUUUUUUCUUUUUUGUUUUUUUAAAAAAUAAUUGAAAAAGUUGCGAACUCAAAAGAUAGUGAAAAAUAAUUGUUUUUCUUAAUUGGGUUGUCACAUUUAUGGCGUUUUCGUUUUGCCCAAACAAUUCACAGGUUUUUCUCUUUUAACUUUCUUCCACUCUUGUUUCUUGGGACGUUUUUAACAGUGACUCCUUAGGGUUUCUCUCUCUCUCUAGUCUACUGUGUCUUUUGUUGCUACCACCCUCUUCUCCUUUUCUUUAUCUUUCUUCUCUACAAGUUUUGGUUUGUGGGUUUGUGGGAUUUUUUCAUUUUGUGAUCUCAGAGUAUUCUGGAGCACAUUGUUUGGUCUUGGUUUUGGGGUUUGAAAGUUUUCUAGAGUUUCUAUCAGUUGAAGAGUGCUUAUUAGCUGUGAUCAACAAAACUUGAAUUGCUUGGUGUAGAUUUUUUUGAGCUUUAAAGCGAAUCUGUUCAUGCUUUCUACCGCAUUUGGAUUUUGGCUGAAGUUUAUUUGGGUGUCGUUCUGUUCAGUCUUCAGAUCACUGAUUUUCUUUAAUGGCAUUUGGACGCUUCUGGUAAGAUCUGCAUGGAUUUUUACUUAUCAGUUUUUUGCUCAAAACGUGUUCAAGGAACUUGAGAGCAUUUCACACAUCUUCUCGAGAAAAUUUCUGGGGUCAUUUUUGCUUACAUUUGUGGUGCAGAACAUUUGCACCGACAAGUUCUUAUUGGCUUUAUUAUCCGAUCUGGACGAAAAAGGUGGUGCCUUUUCUGAUUGAAUAUUGUUUAUUGUCCACAAAGUUAGCUUUUUGGGUCUGUCGUGAUCCAGGGAGUGUGAACUGGAACUUAAUAAGUCCAACCAGUCUUACUUCACAGAUAAAUAACUGAAUAUGGAUUUCUUCAAAGUUAAGAAAUUCAGGAAAGCCCACAAACCAGUUGUGGAAAGUGAAAUAGAGGACAAGCCUGUGCCUCAGCCAGAAGAGCUAAAGAAGGAGAAUGGAGGAGGUGAUGAACUUUCAACUAAGACAAAUGAUGCUGAUCCCAGUGCUGAAGCCGAAGCUGAGGAUGAUGAUGAUGAUGAUUUCAUCACAAAUGAGGUAAAAAGAAGAUUAAAAGAACUUAGAAGGAAUAGUUUUAUGGUUUUAAUUCCUGAAGAAGAGUCAUGUGCUGAAGAAGAUGAAGGAGAAGAGGAAGAUGAGGAAGGUGAGAGAAGCUCUUGUGAGUGGAGAGAUGUUGAGGCAGAAGGUCGACAAUGGUGGGGUGGAUUUGAUGCUUUGUAUGACAAAUACUGUGAGAGGAUGUUGUUCUUUGAUCGUAUGAGCACUCAACAGCUCAAAGAAAAUGGCUCCCAAACUCCCACCACCCCAUCACCAAGAUCUGCAUCUAAAAAGCUGACAUCGCCUCUCCGCUGUCUCUCUUUGAAAAAGUUUGAAGAACCUGAUGAUGAAACUGAGCAUCUUCAGCAAUUGCAGCAUGACCCUUAUCAGGAUAUUGAAACAGCAUAUGUAGCUCAGAUUUGCUUGACUUGGGAGGCACUUCACUGCCAAUACACCCAGAUGUGUCAGAAAAUUGUGUGCCAACCUGAAAAUUCCACCUGCUACAACCACAGUGCUCAACAGUUUCAACAAUUCCAGGUUUUGUUACAAAGGUAUAUAGAGAAUGAGCCAUUUGAGCAAGGUCUGAGGGCAGAAAUUUAUGCUCGUGCAAGGAAGUCUCUUCCUAAAUUGGUACAGGUCCCUAAUGUGAAAGCUUCGGAUCAAAAAGAGAUAGAGGGAGAAGAGUCACCGUUAACUGUUCUUGCCGCUGAUCUUAUCAAGAUUAUGGAGUCUUCAAUUCUAACUUUCCACCUUUUCCUCAAGAUGGAUAAGAAAAAAUCAAGCGGGUCUCUUAAUCUCUUUGGAAACCAGAACCAUAAUGCAACCCCACUUCACCAGAUUCAAUCAUCUCUCGAGAAGAAAGAGAUGAAGCUCAAGGAACUGCGCAAGAAAAGGAGAGGUUGGAAAAAGAGGUCAUGGCCAUUGAUACAAGAAGAUGUUCCGUUGUUGUUUGGCUUAAUCGAUGUCAAAGUCGUGUCGAGGGUCCUUAGAAUGGUGAAGAUUACGAAUGAGCAGCUAGUUUGGUGUGAGGAGAAGAUGAAGAAACUUGAUCUGGUGGACGGUAAGUUGCGAAGAGACCCUUCCCCAAUACUUUUCCCCUGUUAAUACGGAUACCUGCUUUCUAAGAACCCUCCCCUGCCAGAUUUUCCCUUUUUGGGAUGCCAUUUUCGAUGCUUGGGAAUGUCAAUCCCUUGCAUUGCAUGAUAGUUUUGUCUAUACUCCUCUAGUACCCAUACCCACCAAUUAAACUAGGUAACUUUAGUUAGAGGCCAUCAUUUUGCUAUGUUAAACAGGAGAUUAUUACUGGCUACCAAUUACCCAAGAUUGUAGGGGAGAAGAAGGGCUUAACUUUGGUUUUCCCAUCUGAUGCUGCACUUCCUUUUAAAAGCAAUUUGUAUUGAAAACUAUAUUGUAUGUCAUGCUAUUAUCAUUGGUGUAACAUACAGUUGCUGUGGAUAUUUAUGUAGUUAUUGCAUG